CGUUUCUCUUCAAAUCGCAUCGUGCUUUAUUAUUUAUUAUAUUUAAUGUGUUUUUUUUUUUUUUUUGGAGGUGAGCGAGAGCGCGAUGCGGAGUUUGGCGCUUCUGCUGGGAGUCAAAGCCGCCUGCAUCCUGCUGGUGUCGUCGCUCUCCGGUACCGGGGCGGUCAACAACAGCGGCCGCUGGUGGGGCAUCGUCAACGUAGCCUCCUCGUCCAACCUUCUGACCAACUCCAAGAAUGUGCCGUUGGCGCUGGACCCGAGCCUGGCCCUACUGAGUCGCCGGCAGCGUCGACUGAUUCGGCAGAAUCCUGGCAUCUUGCACGCCAUCACGGCAGGACUGCACACGGCCUUGAAGGAAUGCAAGUGGCAGUUCCGUAACCGCCGCUGGAAUUGCCCGACCACCCACAGCCCGGCCAUAUUUGGCAAAAUUGUCAAUCGGGGCUGCAGAGAGACGGCCUUCGUGUUCGCCAUCACCAGCGCGGGGGUGACGCACGCCGUGGCCCGCUCGUGUUCGGAAGGGGCCAUCGAAUCGUGCACGUGCGACUACCGGCGCAGAGGCCCCGGGGGCCCCGACUGGCACUGGGGCGGCUGCAGCGACAACGUGGAUUUUGGCAGGAUGUUCAGUCGGGAAUUCGCCGACUCCAGCGAGAGAGGGCGAGAUCUGCGCUACCUCACCAACCUGCACAAUAACGAGGCCGGCAGAAUGACGGUGUCGUCGGAGAUGCGUCAGGAGUGCAAGUGUCACGGCAUGUCGGGCUCGUGCGCGGUGCGUACCUGUUGGAUGCGCCUCCCGAGCUUCCGCGCCGUGGGCGACGUCCUCAAGGAGCGUUUCGACGGCGCUUCCCGAGUGGUGUACGCCAACAAGGGCAGCAACCGCGCCUCCCACCGAGCGGGCCCUCGCCACCUGCAACCGGAAAACCCGGCUCACAAACCCCCCUCCGUCGUGGACCUGGUCUAUUUUGAGAAAUCGCCAAACUUUUGCUCCUACAACGGCAAAAGCGGCACUUUGGGAACUUGGGGUCGAACUUGCAACAACUCUUCUCCGGGUCUGGACGGAUGCGAGCUGCUCUGCUGCGGACGCGGCUUCCAGACCCGGGCCGAGAGCGUCACCGAGCGCUGCCAUUGCACCUUCCACUGGUGCUGUCACGUCAGCUGCCUGAACUGCACCAGUACUCGAACAGUACACCAGUGUCUAUGAUAACCUGGCGGCGGCGGGGUUCCGGGCCCAUGAGAAGCAAAAGUCGCUCAGAGAAAGUCACAAGUACUGCACAUGGGCAAUUGCGAGGGUGAACCAGACAGGGAACUUUAUCAAGCCCAAAUUCCAAUCAGUGGAUAAAAGCACAAACGUAUCAACAGGGUAUAAAAGUUCACGCUUGCUUAUAUUUAAUACUCAAAAGUGUUGUGAAAAGAAAACUUGAUAGCUUGUACUCAUAAAGAAGAAGAGACUUCAUUCUCUUGCAGAUCUUCCAAUUCUUUGACAGCAAUCCAUUGGUUGCGGCCCAAUAGCAAAAAAAAAAAAAAAAAAGAAUCCUCCAGCACAUUUUGAUUUCUUAUGGAGACGCUUCUCAAGCCUGCUCCAAAAGCUAAAGCUAACUGGCACAGGUAAGUUGGGGAGGCUUCGCCAGCACCAGUGGCAUCUUCUCAGCAUGUUUCCAAAUAGCGGACCAGACCUGAUUCAAACCACAGAGACUUAAUCAGCUAAGAGGACCAAAAUGUUGUACAGAUCCAAAUAUUUAUAUAACAAAGUCAUUGCUGGAUGAGCCGUCGAAUGUCUUUAUUUGUUUUGUAGGAUGAUCUCCUGGAAUGACCACUUGGUGUGUUUUGCCAUGCACUGAAUACACACUUGCUUUUGUCAGUGUGAAUCUAAAAAUAUUUCAUACGACGCUAGUAAGAUGCCAGCGAGCUCUUUAGGGAAGACGAGUGAUGUAGGCGCCAUUGUAUGAUAGAACAAUAAAGUUUAUAUUUUUCAAUCUG